AUAAAUUAGGGCUUUUGUUCAGAUCUUUGAUAAGCUCAAUAAUACUUCUUCAUGGGGGCUUAAAGCCCAAUUAUAAAGAAAUACAGUUUCUCACAUGGUAUCAGAGCUAGGUUACCCGUCGAGAUCUAUCUCUAAACCACUGAAUCACGAGUCUACCCUUUGCCCUCAAUUUCUUGAUGAAAUUUGUGAUUUGUUCAACCAUCAUGGAUUUGAAAUCUCGUUUUGAGUUCGGACUCAGAAAGUCGGUCGAAGCAAUCUCGUUGUCUUGCUAAUUACUGUAUAUGAGGUCCACCUCUCUUCUCUCUAUUAAUUUCUUUUGUCGUCUUCUCUGCGAACAUGUCUGGUUCCUUCCUGCCUGCUUCGAUCAAGGAGGUUCUUUCUCUAUGUCUCUCUCUGCAACUCCAAACCUCAUCUGCUAGGCUGCAACUUUGUCUCUCUCUAAGUCAAUGCCAUACAUCUGCUGUUCACGAUCUGCAAAGCCUGAAGACAUGGUUCCGAGCCAUCAAAGGCGUCCCAUCCUUUCUGUCCUCUCUUUCUCUCUCAUCAUCAUCUCCUCUUUCUCUCUCAUCUCCUCCUCUCUCUCCCGAAUUUGUUUCUGCUGCUCCAUUGCAAAAUCAACCAAAAAGCAUGUCCAUCCUCUCUGUUCCCAUCUUUUUUCUCUAUACAAUCUUUGCCAUUAUCUCUCUAAAAGUUAAAAAAAAAACCCUUCUUCUUUCUCUCCUGCUUUGCCCCUUCUUCUUUCUCCCUUGAAACUUGAUUUGAAUCUCUGAUUUUCUUCAUUCUAAAACCACCACAGAAACCACCAUUUGAUAAACCAUUCGAAACUGCAAAACCAUCCGAAAUUGCCAGCUGAAACUUGAGGGUUUCUAGUGGGCUCUAAAGUUCCCUUGCCCAGAUCUGAAGGGCUCUCUGUCAAUCAACUUUCUCAAGCGAUAUUGUAUCCAUUCUUCUUCCCUAUUUUAGUCAACUAGAUCUUCGUUUGUGGGUGGAUCUGCUAAGCGUUGAACCUCAACCAUAUUUGGCUUCAGUUUUUCAAGUAUUGAAACAAUCAAAUUUCCUUCUUCAGUUACGAGCCUCACAAAGCGGGCUUGUUUUCGACGACGCCCCUUCGUAUAUGGCUUUGGUUUCAUCUGAGUAGGGGCACGACCGACUGCUCAUCAAGCCUCAAACACUCAAGCAAAUCAGGCUGAGCAGUACAUUUGUACACACAGUUGAACUUCUAGAGAGAGAGAGAAAGAGAGAGAGAAAGAGGGCGCCAUGGGAGAGUUAUGCACAGGAGGGAAACGCUUGAGGAGCGGGCAGUGCACUGAGGAAAAGGAAGAGAAGAACUUCUCCCUUAAACCAGGAAUAUUUUUCUAUCCUACCCCUUCAGCCUUUGUGGUCACUGAUGCUUUGGACCCUGACCACCCCAUCAUCUAUGUGAACACCAUCUUCGAGCUCUUCACCGGUUACAGAGCAGAUGAGGUUCUAGGAAGAAAUUGCCGUUUCUUACAAUAUAGGGACCCCUUCGCACAAAGGCGACACCCCUUGGUGGACCCUGUGGUCGUCUCAGAGAUACGUAAAUGCCUUGAAGAAGGGAUUGAAUUCCAAGGGGAGCUCCUCAAUUUCCGAAAGGAUGGAACUCCCCUAGUGAACAGGCUAAGGCUGAGUCCUAUACACAAUGAUGAUGGCAUAGUGACCCACAUACUCGGUAUCCAAAUAUUCAGUGAAGCAAACAUUGACAUAGACCGAUUAUCCUACCCAGUCUUCAAGCAAACAUCUUGCCACCACCCCAAUGAAGUGAACACUGAUUCUUUCUACUAUCUCCAAGCACCCAAUAGCCAUGGUCACCCUUGUCGCCACAUAUGUGGAAUUCUUCAGCUCUCUGAUGAAGUUCUAUCACAAAAUAUCUUGGCCCGCCUGUCACCUAGAGAUGUGGCAUCAGUUGGUUUGGUGUGUCGAAGGCUUCGCCAGCUAACGAAAAAUGAGCAUUUGUGGAAGAUGGUGUGUCAAAAUGCAUGGGGAAGAGAGGCAACCGGGAUCUUAGAGUCAAUUCCUGUUACUAAAAGAUUGGGUUGGGGCCGUUUAGCUAGAGAGCUCACUACAUUGGAAGCAGCAGCUUGGAAGAAGCUCACAGUUGGUGGUGCUGUAGAGCCUUCAAGAUGCAACUUUAGUGCUUGUGCAGCUGGUAAUCGACUGGUUCUCUUUGGUGGAGAGGGGGUUAAUAUGCAGCCUAUGGAUGAUACUUUUGUGCUCGAUCUUGAUUCAGCCAAUCCAGAAUGGCGAAGAGUUAAGGUCUCAUCAACCCCACCUGGUCGGUGGGGCCACACACUCUCAUGUUUGAAUGGCUCAUGGCUUGUGGUUUUUGGGGGUUGUGGAAGUCAAGGACUUCUAAACGAUGUAUUUGUUUUGGACUUAGAUGCCCAACAACCAGCUUGGAAAGAGGUUUUAGGUAUUGCACCUCCCCUUCCAAGAUCAUGGCAUAGCUCUUGCACAGUCGAUGGCUCAAAACUAGUUGUUUCGGGUGGCUGCACUGAUGCUGGAGUGCUCUUAAGUGAUACAUUCUUGUUGGAUCUCACGGUGGACAAGCCCAUGUGGAGGGAGAUACCCACAUCUUGGACCCCGCCCUCUAGGCUAGGGCACACGCUUUCUGUCUACGAUGGUAAGAAGAUACUGAUGUUUGGUGGUCUAGCAAAGAGUGGGCCUCUUCGUUUGAGAUCUAAUGAGGCAUACACAAUUGAUAUUGAAGAGGAAGAGCCAAGGUGGAGGCAACAUAGUGGAACUGGGUUUCCUAGUGUUGGUAGCCAGAGUGCCAUAGCACCUCCUCCUAGACUUGACCAUGUUGCAGUGAGCUUGCCUUGUGGGAGGAGUAUCAUAUUUGGAGGUUCGGUUGCUGGUUUGCACUCAGCUUCUCAGCUCUUUCUUCUUGAUCCAAGAGAAGAGAAACCAACAUGGAGGAUGUUAAAUGUUCCUGGUCAGCAACCGAAAUUUGCGUGGGGUCACAGCACCUGUGUGGUUGGAGGAACUAGAGUUUUGGUGUUAGGUGGUAACACUGGUGAAGAGUGGAUAUUGAAUGAGCUCCAUGAGUUAUCGUUGGUGAGCAAACCAGAGAUGGAUCCGGAGAUGAUGACCAGUAACCAUUAAGCGAGCAACCGACUUUGCAGGGGACUGAAACCACUAUCUUUGUACAUUAACAUCUAACUGGAUCACUGUAGUUUCGUUUACUUUUUCUUUUUUUUUGGAUUUUGGGUUGGGAUGUGUUUGUGUGCCUCUUAAUUUCAGUAGAGUUGGUAGGGUAUUGUGGGUAUGAUAUUCUUUUUGUUUUUCAGAACACGGCUGUCAUGUAACAUUUGUGUAGUCUUUAUCCUCUAUAAACUCAAUUGAAGAGUGUAUCAUAGUUGGUCACUGAUCAAGAUUAGGGUUAUGGUUUCAUACUUCUGUUGUCUAACAUCGUGCAUAUUUUCUUGGCUUAGAGCAUACCACACUUCUCCA